UGCGUGGGUGUAGGUGAGGGGCGUGGCGGCUGGAGUGCUAGAUCAGCAUAGCUAGCUAGCCCAGCAAAGAGCUGUUCUCUCUGUUGUUACUGUACGUCCACCUGUCUCUGCUGUCUGUGUACCCAGUCUCUAAUACUGAGUUUAACCCUUGAGUGACUGGAUAAUGGACGAGGAAAGUGUAGAGGUAACGGCUAGGAAACUGCUGAAUCAGCUUUCAGAGCUGUUCAAAACCCAUCCUCGUGAGAAUCAGUGGACCAAGGAAUGUCAACCAAUGGCCAAGGAGCCCCGCCUACUAACGAAGGAACUAGUGAUAAGGAUCACUAGGACAGCAGAGCAACUGAUGAGGACAGAGCCUAACAUACUCACAUUAGCACACAAUACAGUGUUGAUUGGUGACAUCCACGGACAGUGCUGUGACUUGUACAACGUGUUCGAGCAUACCAACAGUCGUCACAUGAUCUGCGAACAACCAUCACCAGAGACCUCCCCGCCCCCGGAUCCAGUCCCACCAGCUGGCGUAGGGGACGCUAACGAAUUUCCAGAUGAAGCCAUAGAGUCACCGCCUCCGAGCAGAACACGCUCGAACUGCCUUGUCAGCAAGAGUAGAAUAUCGAAAUCGGAGGAACCAAAGAUCGACAGAGAGACCUCUCCGAGUAAGGGGGCGGAUCCUGACAAACUACCUAAUUUAAUGCUCAAGCUAGGACAAGACUCCGCCCACAAUUACCUGUUCCUAGGCGACUAUGUUGACAGGGGAAGUUAUUCGUGCGAAUGCAUCGUGUAUUUGAUGGCCCUAAAGGUCGUGUACCCUCACCGUGUGUACAUGAUACGUGGUAACCACGAGUCACGCUCCAUGACCUCACGGGAGUAUCUGGACGGUCCGAGCUUCAAGACAGAGUGUGGGGUUAAAGUUGGAGACGAGGUCUAUGAAUGGUUUAUGAAGGCGUUUGAUGCUCUACCUAUCGGAGCAGUGCUGGAGACAGGUCUGGGGCGGUGGUUCUGUUGUCACGGUGGACUGGGUCCCAAGGUAACAACUCUUGAAGUAUUGUCAAAGUUGGAUCGUUUUGUAGAGCCUCCUCUGACUGGACCAUUCUGUGACCUCCUGUGGGCAGACCCUCUCCUGGAGGAGGUGCUGGGAUACCGGCUCUCUGACAGAGACUAUGCUGACUUUCUUGAACUGGACUACCUGCCAAACCCUCCACGAGGAUGCUCUCAUCUCUUUGGUUACGCAUCUGUCACACAGUUCCUGGAGAAGAACAACCUCAUGGGCAUGAUCCGAGCCCACCAGUGUAAGGAAGAGGGGGUGGGGUUUGCCUACACUGACAAUCGUGUGGACACGUUCACAUUUCCCUAUGUAACUACUCUGUUCUCGGCUGCUAACUAUUGUGGUUCCCAUGGCAACAAGGCCGCACUCUUAGUAUUCUACGAGGACGAUAUUCAGGUUGUCAAGAUCACGCAGGCCGGAGAGGUGACAAUAGAACAGGCACCUUAUCACAAGCCGUCAGAAGAGAUUAAAGUCCAAGAAGAAGAAGGCAACAAAGAGCAGCAAGAAGUAGAACAUAUCCCAAAAGAAGUGAUUGAACAGAAAAGUGCUUCACUAGAACCAGAAAAGGAAACUGCAGCCAUAGAGACCACACCCACACCUCCUGAGACUACACCUACACAUCCUGAAACCACACACCCUGCGAUCACACCCACAGUAGUCCCGGCGAGCAUGCCCACACCUGAGAGUAUAAGGAAGAAGAGACGAAAAGGCGUAGUGCUCAAUACACAAUCAGAGCCGGUGGUGGUGGGGGAGGAUGAUGGUGAGGAUGAUGGUGAGGAUGUUGCUGCCAAGCUCCUGGAGACAACCAAACGACUACCAAAGAGAUCUCAGACUGUCAACUAUGGUCAGGCCUACACUCACGGCUCUGGUGAGCUGCGGAGACAGAGUCUAGUGAACCUACGACAGGGUUACACAGGAGAGGGGGGCAGUCGCCGCUUCAAGGCCGCUCUGAGAAGAGACUCUGUCAACGAGGUCCACCCUGGCUGGGAGAGUAUACGCAAACUCAGCAAAGUAGUCGGGAGACUGCAAAUAAUUCGACGAACUUCCGGAGAAAAUUCAGUCAAGGAUAACCCACCCCUCCUGGAGUCUGAGUGUGCCAGCGUCAUCGAGGAGGAGGCACCAAAGAAGGAAGAAGAUGCAGCCCCGGCCGAGAUGCCAGUCGAGAGAAGAAAGAAAAAGCUCAUACCCUCCUUGUCACAGAGCCUAUUGCAGCGACUGGACGACGGCGAUAGUCAACAGCUGAGACUUGUGUUUGACUCUAUAGACAAGGACAGCGAUGGAACACUUAGUUACAAGGAGCUGGAAGAGUUUGCAGUGGAGCUGAGGAGCUCUCAGUCGGACGUGGUCUCCUCUGAGGUCAGCAAACUCAUCUCAGACAUGGACAAAGAUAACGACGGGUGUGUGAGCUUCUCAGAGUUCACCAAGUACAUGGCCACCCUCUCCCUCAUAGAGGCCUCGUGAGGGAAACCCCCUGAUUAAGCUCAUAAUUAAACUAAACCUUGAACUCAUCAUUAUAUAUACUCUAUUUUCUGUGUAUUUUUAUACCCAACGUUUGUAGCAAAUGCUAUUUAUAGUUCAGCCAAUUAUUUUUUAUUGCACAAUAAAUGUUAUAAUAAUAAUUAUUAAUUAUUAAUGUUAUUAUUGACAA